AUGGAAGGAAGGUUUGAGAUCUUCAUAACGGUUGUGAAGGUUGAGCACAUCUCUUGCCAGAACCAAGCUAAUCUCAAGGAUAGGCGUGGGAGCCAUGUUCUCCCUAUGCAGGAAGUUAUUGAGCCUAAUUGGCACGUGAUGCAUAAUAGUCUUCAAACUGCAAAGAGCAUAGAUGAGUCCAAAGAUCCCUCCCCGGGAUAUGCUGACCAAGCUAAGAGGAUUGGGGCCACAGAUUUUGAUGGUGAUGGCGACCCAGCAGUGGCUGAAGAGUGGAUAGAGAGGAUAGAGCGGAUCAUGGAGGUGAUGGCCGUUCCACAGAACCGUAGGGUAACUCUGGCCACUUUAUUUUUUAUCAGGAAUGCUAGACAUUGGUGGGAGUCUAUUAAAAGGAGAUAUCGGGAUCCGUCAACCAUCACAUGGCAAUUAUUUCGAGCUGAAUUUGACAGUCAGUAUUACCCACAGGCUUACCAGAAUUUGAAAAUGGAGGAAUUUCUGCAGUUGGAACAGGGGACAGUGACCGUACUUGAGUAUGAGAAAAAGUUCAAUGAGCUGUCUAAGUACUGUGUUCCACUAGUCGAGGAUGAGAAUAAGAAAUGUCUGUUGUUUACUAGAGGGUUGAAGGCCUCCAUUCGAGAUAUUGUGAUUAGCCAGCGGUUGACUAAUUUUGGAGAUUUGGUGAUGUCUGCUUCGCUGAUAGAGAGCAACCAGAUGAUGGUCAGAGCGCGGGGUGAACCUCGGAGGAGACAGUUUGAUAUGCGUGGUCCCAGUCAGGGGUCAUCCAAGAGAGGCAGUUAUAACUCUGGGUCAUCUAAUGGCCGCAGUUAUGGAGGUUUUCGACCUGGAGUCAGUUCUAGUGGAGGUUCCAACCAUAGUGGCAAUUCUGGGAACCGCUCCGGGGGUAGUGCAGUUAGAGGUUCUAGGAGACAGCUACAGUCAGCAUCUGGUAAGAGGAGGAAUCCUCAGUGUGCUGAGUGUGGUAGGUACCAUACUGGGACUUGCCGACAGGGCACUACUGGAUGUUUCCAUUGUGGUGAGUCUAGACAUUUUCUGAGGGAGUGCCCGAUAUUGCUUCAGGGUGGAGAGGCUACAGUUGCAUCGCCUCAGGGGAUAGGCACUCAGGGCAGAUCACAGGGGACAUCACAGUUCAUAGGGGCCUCGUCCAGUGGUGGGGCCUAG